UCUUUGUAAUAAUCAGCAACUGCCCAAGUCGUAAAUCGAACAGGUAUUCUCUCUCUCUCUCUCUCUCUCUCCCCGUCUCUCUCUCUCUGUCUGCUGCUUUUAAUUGUGCAAUUUAGAUGCUUAACACACAUCGGCAAUUAAAGAUCUUAUUUUGAUCGCUCUCUAGAUUGUCAACUUUGGAUCAUGAUGUGGUUAAUUGGUGAAUUGUUCGAAUUUGAGUUGGUUUUGUAGCUAUUACGAUUCGUGAAUGCAGAUCAAUCAUGCUUCUUGCACAGUGCUAAAAAUCUUAUCUUUAUUUGCUAGUUAAAUUAGGGUUUUUGAAAACAGAAUUGAGGGAAUUUAUUGAUGUUGACAAGUAUAUGCUGAUUUUGCUUUUCUACUUUAUUCUUAGUUGAUUUAUGGUUCUGAUCUGGCGUUUAAUUUAUGGGUUUUAGCUGAUAAGGUUUUCCAGUUUGUUUUAAGUUGCUGUAAAUUUCCAGCAGAUGACUUGAAAGUUAUACAGACAAUGUAUGAUCCUUAAAGAACUUCUGAUUUUAUUGGUUUAUUGUGAUAAUCAGAUAUUAUUUUCUCCCACGACAAGUUGACUCUUUAAUUGGUUGGAAGAGGAGGGUAAUGAUAGGGUAUUGCAUGGUUGGGGAUUUGGCAGCUGUAUUUUGGGGGGAUUCCUCUUUGACGUUAAAUUGCUCUCUGCAUAGAGAAAUUUUGAUCCUUUUAUAUUAGAAUAAUAGAGAGCUGUAAGGGCUGGCUUUGGAGAGCUAUUUAGAACCCGGUCGCCAGGCGGCGGUGCCACCUAUGGCGCCUUCCCGGGUGGCCGGAGGGUUAUCGCAUUCUUCUUCUAGUUCGGGAAUCUUCUUCCAAGGAGAUGGAAAUUCUCAGACUCUGGGAAAUUCUCACUUGGGGUCAUCUUUUGGGAACUCAUCGAAUUCGAUUCCAGGAGCUGGACGUUCUAAUCUGGUGCCCGUUUCUGGAGAUGCGAGCAAUACUAUCUUAAACAGUGUGGCAAGCUCGGGGCCAAGUGUUGGGGCGAGUUCAUUGGUUACUGACGCCAACUCAGGGCUUUCAGGUGGUCCUCACCUACAGAGAAGUGCCAGCAUAAAUGGAGAAUCUUACAUGCGCCUUCCAGCAUCACCCCUGUCAUUCUCAUCCAAUAAUAUAACUUCAGGGUCAUCGGUUAUGGACGGCUCUUCUGUAGUGCAGCAGAGCUCCAACCAUGAUCCGAACUCCCAACAGAUUCCACAAAUGCAGCAAGGGAAUCCCAGUGCUACGUCCUUGCCCACAUCACGAAUGGGCCAGGUUUCACUUCCCAGUGGCCCGCGGGUCCACCCUGGGUCUUUCACUCAGGAUCCUAAUAGCAUAUCCCAGCUGCAGAAAAAACCACGAUUGGAUAUCAAGCAGGAAGAUAUUAUGCAACAGCACGUUAUGCAACAUCUGCUGCAGAGACAGGACUCCAUGCAGUUGCAGAACCACAAUCCUCAGUUGCAAAACCACAAUCAGUUGCAAGCUUUUAUUCAGCAGCAGAGGCUGCGGCAACAGCAGCAACAGCAACAACAGUUUCUGCAGUCUAUGCCCCCAGUGCAGCGAGCCCACCUACUGCAACAGCAGCAGCAGCAACAACAGCUGCAGUUGAGACAACAGCUUCAACAACAGGGAAUGCAGCCUAUGUCUUCCAUGAAGCGGCCCUAUGACAAUGGCGUUUGUUCACGUCGGCUCAUGCAGUACUUGUAUCACCAGCGGCAACGCCCUCCUGCCAAUGCUAUUGCCUAUUGGAGGAAGUUUGUUACAGAGUACUACUCUCCGCGUGCAAAGAAAAGAUGGUGCCUGUCACGUUAUGAUAAUGUUGGGCAUCAUUCCCUAGGUGUUUUUCCCCAGGCAACCAUGGAUGCUUGGCAGUGUGACAUUUGUGGUUCAAAAUCUGGACGGGGAUUUGAGGCAACUUAUGAAGUGCUCCCUAGACUCAAUGAAAUCAAAUUCGGGAGCGGUGUCAUUGAUGAACUUUUGUUUCUGGACUUGCCAAGUGAAUCUAGGUUUCCUUCUGGAAUAAUGAUGUUGGAUUAUGGGAAAGCAGUUCAAGAGAGUGUGUAUGAGCAACUUCGUGUUAUUCGUGAGGGUCAGCUUCGUAUUAUAUUCACCGCUGAUUUGAAGAUAUUGUCUUGGGAAUUUUGUGCACGUCAUCAUGAAGAACUGCUUCCUCGUAGGUUGGUCGCACCACAGGUGAAUCAGUUGCUGCAGGUUGCACAGAAAUGCCAAAAUACAAUUUCUGAAAGUGGAUCUGAUGGUGUUUCUCAACAGGAUUUGCAAUCAAACAGCAAUAUGGUUGUGACUGCUGGGCGUCAGCUGGCAAGGACAUUGGAGUUGCAGUCACUAAAUGAUUUGGGAUUUUCCAAAAGAUAUGUAAGGUGCUUGCAGAUAUCUGAGGUCGUCAAUAGUAUGAAAGACUUGAUGGAUUACUGCAGAGACCAGAAAAUUGGACCAAUUGAGGGAUUGAAAAGCUAUCCUCGACAUGCUACUGCCACCAAACUACAGAUGCAAAAGAUGCAAGAUAUGGAGCAAAUAGCAACUAUACAGGGUCUUCCAACCGAUCGGAACACUCUCAAUAAGUUACUAUCAUUGAAUCCUGGUCUAAACAGUCAGAUGAGGAAUAACCCACAUGUGGGGGGCCAAGGAGCAGCUUUAAGUGGUUCUGCACAAGCUGCCUUGGCACUGACUAGCUACCAGAAUAUGUUGAUGAGACAAAACUCGAUGAAUUCAAACUCCAAUUCAGUUCAACAGGAGGCUUCAUCUUCCUUCAACAAUCCUAACCAGAAUCCAUCUCCUUCAACUUUUCAAACUAUGCAGAAUUCACCAGUCAGUGGCAUUUCAAAUACCCAGGUCCCAGAGCAGCAGCGGCCAAUGAAUGGCAAUGGGUUACUCCAACAGAGCCUCCCACAGACGCCACAAGGGAACCAAAAUAUACCACAGCACAUGAUUCAGCAACUACUGCAGGGUAUGAGCAAUAACAACAGCGGGGGCGCAAAUGCUAAUGGAAAUGUAACAAGAGAGGGAUUAGGGUUUGGAAGCAAUGCUUCAGCAGGAGGUACUGCAGCGACUGUAAAUGCGGUGAAAAGCAGUGCCGGUCCCACACCAAGCAGAAGCAACAGCUUUAAAGCUGCUUCCAACAGUGAUUCAUCUGCGGCUGGUGGAAACAAUGGGUUCAACCAGAAAACAACUAAUUUGCCACAGAAUCUUCACUUGUCAGAAGAAAUGGUUCCGGAUAUAGGCCACGAGUUCCCAGAAAAUGGGUUUUUUAGUACUGAUCUUGAUGAUUAUGGGUUUAACUGGAAGGGGUGAUAUCUGUGUUUGGUGCUGUUUUUUAUUUUUAUUUAGGUGAGAGCCAUGCCACAUCCUCCUCCUUGUACAGGCAUCUGAUCCGAUUUCCCCCCACCCCCCCUUUUUUUUUACCCUUCUUUUUCAAUUGUGGAGUUUGUUGUGAUGUUUAUGCACUUGGUACUCCAGUAGGUAUUUAGAUUUCCUCCCCUUUUUUUUAAAUUGUUUCCCGCCCCCCCUCUUUUUCUGUGGGUUUUUAGCUGCCAAAAUGGCUUGCAAGUGUAAUCUAAUGGAUACAGAAACUUACGAACAGCUUCAGGUUCGCCGUAGUAUGGGAUUCAUAUAUUUAAUUCCCUUGUGUAGGGGAUAUCUUCAACCCUAUUCAAA